CCACCAUACCUUUUAUCAUGCCAUUACACUUUCUACUGACCAUCCUCCAAACAGGCAUCACCUUUUGUUUACACCUGAAACCAACCCCAACCCCAAGGGACUGUAAUGACACCUCCUAGAGGACUGCUCCAAUACAUAUAAAAACGGUCUCUUUCACCAUUUGGAACAUCAACAGCGCAACCUAAAGAACACCUCUAACUAGCUAACUAAGGAGUGCAGGAUGACGUCGGCAUCAACCAUGACGAACAGCCAGAACAUCACCCAAGCCACAGAAGCUCUAGAGCGAGACAUGCAAGCGUGGGACCUCUCAGACUCCCCACCGCCUGCGCUGCUAAUCCAGACCCCACCACAUCCUCCCCCCUCUCCUCAGCUGCUGCAGGAUCCUACAGGAUCGGGUCUGUGUGAGGAAACCAUUAUCGACAUCAAGCUUGCAACCCAUCACAUGGUGAUGUUGGCAUUAAACGCCUUUCUACAGGAAACAUGCGGAUGUCGAACAGCUCAACCCAGUCAGGUGCAACACAGUUGUUUGCUCGAACUGCCCGAGUAUUACUUUGACACCUACUACGACGAUGUGAUGCUGAGGCUCAAGACAGACCGAUUCAUCCGCGCCAUACGCCUGUUUGUGCGCUCGUACACAGUCGAUGGGACUGGAACACAAUUCAGCAGAAUUGCAGAACACACCAUGACUGAACUGAGAUCAUCACAACAUAUAGUAUGCGCAAUUAACGCCAAUAUUGCACAGCUGCUAGAAGCAAGUCGUUAUGCCCGUCGUGUUAAACCAGCCAUGCUUCGCAUGAUUGGUAACUACUGGGCUGGGAGACACCUGGUUUAAUGUAUGUUGUUCAGUAUUCAUUGUCUGUGUGAAUGAAAUAAAAAGACAUGUCAACACCGACAUCUUAGUCAUUUGCGGUCGAUUUUGCUUAUACAAUAGAGAAAAGCAACAAUAC